AUGGCAUUGAAACUUCAAGAAAAACUAAAAGAGUUAAAUAAACAAAAAGAACUUUUUUAUGAAGAUGAGGUGGAAAGUUUUGUGUGUAAGAAGAUUGUUCGUACCGAGUUAGUUAUUCAGCAUAAUAGAGAAAAUAAUCAACACUAUGAACUAUUACCCAAACAGCACGUAACUCCACAAAAAAAACAACAAACUCAUUAUGUUACUAUUCCUAAUUCAACAAAGAAAGAAUCAUCCACUCCACAAUCACAAAUUCAUGUCAAAGAAAUGACGGAGAAAUUUGAAAAAUUUUUGUGUCUCCAUCAGCCGGCAGAAGACAAACAAACAAACACUCCUGAAAACUCGAGGGAGAUUAGAAGAAAACGAGCUGACUUGUUCUCGGAAUCUGAUGUUGAAAAUAUAUUUCGUCUUGAUGAACAAACACGUUCAUUAUCGGUUGGUCAAUUAAAACAAUAUAAUGAGCCCGAGGCAAUUAAACAAGAAUCAAAUUUUGGCAUACAACAAUUAACACCGUCUAGUGAUUCGCGUUCAUCGUUAUCUUCGAGCAACAUAAAUGUUAAGAAAAUGGCUCAAAAAUUCGAAAAUAUUCUUACAUUUCAACAACCUGUCGAUGACGAUGAUUCACCAAGCACAAGAAAAACACCAGAGAUAGAGACAAAUCUGAGUAACAGAAAUAUUCAACAACAUAAAUUGUCACCAUCAGUUAUUGAACUUGACAGCAAUGUUUUUUUAUCGCCGACAACACUUCCAUCCAGUUUGCCAUUAGCAGAAUAUUUACCUUUACAUAGAUGUGAAAAUUCGUCUCACAUUAUAUCACAACAAAGUUUUAAUCAAAAAAUGGAUAUCGAUAAUCAAACAUCGACACCGAAACGUGACAAACAAGAAGACGAACUACAAUGUCAAUCAACACUAGAAAAUGAAGCACAGACGAAGGAUUUAGAACAUACCUUAGAGGUAUGUGGGGAUAGAAGAGGUCUAGUUCAGAAGAAUAACGAAGAACAAAUAAACUCAACUCCUAUAAUGGAUAUGGAUAUUAGCGAACAAGUCACAUUAUUAGCUCCAAAUCGUCAUCAACAUAGCACUGAAAUACAGCCAUAUAAUAAUAUUGCUAAUCAAAAUUUUGCAGUAACAAAUGGUGUCUACAUCAAUAUGAUGACACAUUAUAAAAAUGAAAAUGAUACUGCAGCAUUCAAAGUGACAAAUUUAGAUGAUGAUAUGUUUGCUGAUUUCGAUUACGAACUUAAACAUCAAAAACUUCAUCGUCAAAUAUCGACACGGUCUAUAUCUGAUCCAACAUUGAAUAAAAUAAGCUAUUCUCCAGUAAAACCACCAAGACUUUAUCAUAGAAACGAUGACAGUACAGACGAAUUAAAUGAAUCACAAUUAGUUUAUAGCUUAACGGAUUAUCGUUUAAAUAAUGCUGAAAAGAAAAAAAUACAACGAAAACAUAAUGGUAUAGCAACCCAUCUACCUGCUCAACAACUACGUCCAAUGAGUACACAAAAUUCCACUGCAUCUUUGACAGCAACAACCAUUAUGGAAGAUAAUGAAAAACGUUUGGCAAAAAAAUGGCUUGUUAUUGAUGAACUACAACGUUUAGCUGAAUUAUCAAAACGUGAAACAUCUAUACUACAGCAAACGUCAUUGGCGUUACAAUGUUGUACAAAUGAUCCUCAUACAGCAUUAUCUGAUAAAAAAAUUGAAUGUGAACGGGUUAUUUUUAUUGCGCGUCAGAAAUUGACUGCAUAUAACAGUGAAAUAAAAAGAUUGGAAAAUUGUGAUCCAGAUAUGGAAUAUUACUCGCCAGAAUUAUCACGCAGUACCCUAGUUAUCCAGGAUAUCAGAUUAAUGAUUAAAGAGGAUUAUAUUCGUUCACUUCGAAAAGGAACAGAAACAAAAUUCUAUUAUAUUAUGUACUUGAUGAAAUAUCGUUCACAAAUAUUAUUUUCACACAUGUUUUCAUCAUUGGAUACAUUACAAUUGAAUGGUCAAAUAAUAUUUUCUAAUCGAAUGAUGAUUAGAGAAGUAGAUAGUAAUUUUGUAGCAACAAUCGGAGUUUAUUGUAUGGAAAUUACGAUGAAACAUCCAAUUAUGGGAUUGGAUCAUUCGGCUAUCACUGCGGCUGCAAAUGGAGCCACUAUUAAUCACACGUGUUUUCCCUUGAAUGACUGUAGACAUUGUGAUAGACAAAGUUUAAAUACAACAGUAGCAAUACCUGGUCAACAUACAAAAAAUAAUACAAUGAUCCGUGUCAGCAGUUUUUUUCAAGUUGAUGCAAUAACAAUACGUAAAGAACAUUUGAAAUGUAAUGAGUUCCAUUUAUCGAUUUCAGCAGCAUCUAUACCAUUGAAAAAUAAAUUGUAUGUUAAAAUACAACGUUUAUCCGAAUUUAAUGUGCGAAAAUGUGGGUAUUUGACAAUUUAUAGUGAUGUUAGUGGUUCUGGUAUAUGGCUUCGACGUUGGUUUGUUUUGACAAAUGAACAUAAACUAAAAUAUUGGUCAUCACCAGAAGAUGAAGAUCAUGUGGCCGCAGAAGAAAUCGAUUUAUUCUAUUGUAUUGAUCACUCCGUAAAUAUUCUUCAACGUGAAACAUGUGCACGUCCGCAUACAUUUGAAUUACGUAUUGCUUUACCAACAAAAAAGUCAAGUAAUAAUAGCUUGAUCACAACAAAUAAUCCACCUUCUAACUCGAUUAUAUCACAACCGUUUGGAAAACGUACACUUUACAGAUAUUGGUUAAGUGCCGAUUCAAAAGAAGAUCGAAAUGAUUGGUGUCGAGCUAUUAAUGACUUAUUAGAAGAUUUGAAAGAAUGGGAAUCAGAUACACAAGAAAAAUGA